CACAGGUAUACAUUAUGUGUGUAUAUCGCCCGCUCUGAACAUCAUAUGCUUUAUCUAUACAGAUUGGAUUAACUGUGUAUCACAAUCGGUUGACAAUGUUUCCGAUAAAAAUAACCGCUGGCCUUUCACAGGAACCUAUAUAAGUUACAAUUCUCAGACUUUUAUGUCACAAAUGUUUAUAAUAGCCAGACGUUUUGUAUUCAACCCAUCGUUAUCUAAAACAGAAAAGUGAGAGGAGUGAAUAUUCGUCAUUUGCUUGGGAACGACCAUGGUGCGAAAUGACUUAUUUAUGGACGUGGUAAUAUGGACAGUUUUCGUGACAAUGCUGACUACCCACGCCCAGGUUGAUGCCACACCAAACAUUGUUUUCAUCUUAACAGAUGACCAGGAUGUAGAGCUGGGAGGCACGAUUCCAAUCGAGAAAACACGUGAUUUAAUAGGAGGCCACGGGAAAGUGUUCGAACAGUUUUAUGUGAACACGCCCCUCUGCUGUCCGAGUAGGUCCAGCAUCCUAACCGGAAAACACGUGCACAACAAUUUGGCAGUAAACAAUUCUCUGGAGGGAAACUGCAGCAGCCCUGCGUGGCAACAGACACAGGAAGUAGAUGCCUUCCCGACCUACCUACACAGCCAAGGGUACACCACCUUCUUCGCCGGGAAGUACCUCAAUCGGUACGGUAACAAACAUGCCGGGGGCGUUAAACACGUACCUCCAGGGUGGACACAUUGGAACGGACUGGUGGGGAACUCUAAAUACUACAACUACUCUCUUUCUGUAGACGGCGUAGAAGAAAAACACGGCGAUGAUUACGACAAGGAUUAUUUCACCGACGUCAUCAAUAGAAAGGCUACAGCGUUUUUAAACUCGGCCCCACACGCUCCGUUUUUCAUGAUGCUGGCCACACCCUCUGCCCACGCCCCCUUUACUCCUGCUCCUCAGUAUCGGGACCACUUCAGCCAAGUCCGGGCCCCAAGGAACGGUUCCUUCAACAAACAUGGCUCGGAUAAACAUUGGUUAAUACGGCAGGCGAUAACACCCAUGUUGGACGAAUCUGUCCAGUAUCUAGACAGUAUAUACAGAGACAGGUGGCGCACGUUACUGUCGGUGGACGAUAUGGUGGAGAAUAUAGUUAACCUAUUGACUACAAAAGGCCUUAUCGAUAAUACCUAUAUCUUCUUUUCGUCCGAUAACGGUUACCAUGUCGGCCAGUUCUCGCUGCCAUCAGAUAAACGUCAACUCUACCAGUUUGACAUCCACGUGCCCUUCAUGGUCCGGGGGCCGGGCAUAACCCCAGGGACAACCAGUCAAGAUUUAGUCACUAGUAUUGACCUUGCUCCUACAUUUUUGGAAAUUGCUAAAAUCCCGCCUCCGUCCGACAUGGAUGGCUUGUCACUUCUUCCAAUGCUGCACUCCGAUAAACCAACUAAUACGCAGGACCGGAAAUAUCUUUUGAUUGAGCACCACGGAGAACAUACAGACGUUAUACCAGGAUGUCCUCAAUAUAACGACCAAAAUAUGGCGAACUGUCUGUCAGCCUGUGUUUGUGAGGAUUCCAUGAACAACACUUACUCUUGUAUAUUAGGCGGAGAGGAGGGACAAUUUUACAAGUACUGUAGACUCGAUGAUGACGAGAAUUUUGAAGAGUUUUAUGACCUGCAAGUGGAUCCUAGUGAACUUCGUAAUAUCGCACCUGUAAUCAAGAACAAUGUCUCAUUUUAUGAUCACGUGACCAGAACUUUGUCACACCUGAUUCAGUGCGAGGGAUCCUGGUGUACACAGAUCCCUAAUGAGGAGCUCUCGUGGGACUUCAAACAGACCUGUAUAGACGUAUUUAUGUAUAUAGGUGGACUUAUAAAGUCAAUACUUAACAUAUAAAUGUGUAGCGGAAAAGGCCCUAAUCAUUGUGCCAUCUAAACAUUGUAAAUCAAAUUGUAUACACUCGUUCAGGUAACGAAACUAGGAAUAUGAAUUAUACAUAUUUUUUAUGUCAGAAAGUUGAUUUGUUCAAUAUAUGAUUCUGGACACGCGUGUGGAUUUUGUCAAUAAAGAUUAACAUUAAAAAAU